UCCUCAAAUCAGUUUCCUCACAAUCUGCAAGUAAAGCGCAACUGUGUGACCCGCACGCUCUCCGCCACGUGCUAGUCGAUCCUGAGCUUUCGCCGCUGUCAAACCGCCCCAGCAGCCCCCAGCAUGCGAGUGCAGUGAGCCGCCGCCGCCCGCCCAAGAUGCUGCUCCAGGCCCUCCCCCUGCUCCUCGUCGUCGCCGGGCUCUGCUCGUGCCUGCGCACCCCCCGCAGCGAGUCCAUCCUCGACAUCAUCAACACCAAAGAAGUCGAGCGGCUGCUGGCCGAGAAGAAACAGAACGCCUCCCGCGAGGAGAAGCGCUACCUGCUCGAGAACGAGCUGGACGAGAACUAUAUCCCCCCGGAGCAGGAGUUCCAGAUCCAGAAGCUCAAGCUUCUGGACGACGAGCAGAUGGUCCCCCGGGUCGAGAAUCCUCGCGUCGAUAUUAAUCUUUUCCUGCGCCGGAAUAACCACUCCGACCCGUACCGAGCCACCGAGCUGCUGCAGGACUUGCGGGGGUUCAACGGGCGGAAGCUGCUGAAGAGCAGCAAGAACGCGCUGUUCGUGACCAAGAAGGAGUAUCUGCAGAGGGACUGGUGCAAGACCGAGCCGCUGAUUCAGAAGGUGAAGGAGGAGGGCUGCCUCACUCGGACCGUCAUCAACCGCUUCUGCUACGGCCAGUGCAACUCCUUCUACAUCCCCAAGAACCCCAAGCGCCGGCACCGGCACCUGCCCGCCAGCGAGGAGACCGAGGACGAGGACCAGAACGGGCCCGCCUUCAAGGCGUGCGCCUUCUGCCGGCCCAGCAAGUUCACCUGGGUGACCAUCACCCUGAAGUGCCCGUCCAUGGUGCCGCCCCUGCGCAAGAAGCGCGUCCAGCGGAUCAAGCAAUGCAAGUGCAUCGCGGCGAACGUAAACUGACGCCGCCGAGCCGAAUCCAGCCUCUAGGAGUUUAAGAGUGUUCGCCGCGCAGUUUUUGCCGCUGAAGUGGUUCUCACACGGUCAAUUAGCCGAACUGGUUUGCCGUACUCUCGCAAUUAGCUCGGGCGUCGAUUUUCUCGGCGGACGAGGAAACGCGACGUUCUGCCGGAGGAUUGUGAUAAGGAUGAGAAUGAAACGUAGACGUCGUAGGCGACGAGUGCUAAUAAACGUUCCCAACUACAUUAAUAAGUGUACAAACAUUAAACGGCGCCACAAACCUACAUGCUGAGUGGGUACUGAUCAUUAAAGUUGUGUUGAUUUCUAUUUAUACUUUUGUUAUUAAACGGCCUACAUGGCCCCAAAAUCGGACUUUUUCGGACGGGUGGAAAAAGGCCGGCUGGGGCGUAGGAGGCGCUUUCUAAACGCCGACUUCGCGGCUCGGGUUAAUGCUUUUGGCAGGUGCCGGACGGUAAUGAGAGGUGAAAAAUCGCUCUGACGUCUUUUGUCGGAGGGAAUUUUGCUGAAAUUUGUGUAACCGUUUCAAUUCGUUUUUUGCUUGCCUUGGACGUCGCCGUCUUCAGCAGGAGUCUAGAGUAGUACAAGAUAAGACCGACUAAAACAUAACGUGACUAACUUCAGCUGUUCAAGUUCCUACUAUUUUUAGUGCUGUAGUCGAUAAGGGAAUUAGUCGUUAGUUCGUAAUGAGUAAAUUAUUCUUAUUUAUACCCAUAACACAGUUUCCAUUGGUCCCUCGACCAUGUUUAUCCGAGAGGAUCCAUGUACGCGAUCCCACCUAAUCGCUUUAAAGGCUAUGAAGAUUUGUAAGUCUGAAUAUAAAGAUAAUUGUUAGUAUUAACAUUUAACAGUGUUAUUUUAUUGUUACACGUAGUUCUUUCUAUCGUAUUGAAUAAAAAUAAACACAGUGA